CUGUGACGUCAGGCCGUUUAAUCCGGAAACGGCGGCGGCGGCAGAAGCUACCGAACCGAGGGGCUGUCGUUGGUGGGGACCCAAGGCUUUGCAGAGAAGGGGGCGUGACCCGGAAGCGGAAGCCCAUCGCGCUCUCGACUCCGGUGAGUGGCCCCUGCUGGGCCGCAGUCCCGGUUGGGCGACAACGUAGGAGGACUUCUCGGCUGGGGUAUCGGAUGUCGCGCAGUCUGCCCGACCCUGCCCUCGUCAUCGAGGUCCCCACCUUUGCCUGCCCUCGCUAGGUCUGAAGUCUGCCCCAGUCAUACUGGUGGAGUCCUACCACUAUGGACCUGUUGUUUGGGCGCCGGAAGACGCCAGAGGAACUCCUUCGUCAAAACCAGAGGGCCCUGAACCGAGCCAUGAGGGAGCUGGACAGGGAGCGGCAGAAGCUAGAAACCCAGGAAAAGAAAAUCAUUGCGGAUAUCAAAAAGAUGGCAAAGCAAGGCCAGAUGGAUGCUGUUCGAAUCAUGGCAAAAGACCUAGUGCGAACCCGGCGAUAUGUACGCAAGUUUGUGUUGAUGCGGGCCAACAUCCAGGCUGUGUCCCUCAAGAUACAGACUCUAAAAUCCAACAAUUCAAUGGCACAAGCCAUGAAGGGUGUUACUAAGGCCAUGGGCACCAUGAACAGACAGCUGAAAUUACCCCAGAUUCAGAAAAUCAUGAUGGAGUUUGAACGGCAGGCAGAGAUCAUGGACAUGAAGGAGGAAAUGAUGAAUGAUGCCAUCGACGAUGCCAUGGGUGAUGAGGAAGAUGAAGAGGAGAGUGAUGCUGUUGUGUCCCAGGUCCUGGAUGAGCUAGGACUGAGCCUCACAGAUGAGCUAUCAAACCUCCCUUCCACUGGUGGCUCACUCAGUGUGGCUGCUGGUGGGAAGAAAGCAGAAGCCACAGCCUCAGCCCUGGCUGAUGCUGAUGCAGACCUGGAAGAGAGGCUCAAGAACCUUCGCAGGGACUGAACAAUUCUCCAAAGGAUGGACUCUACACUCAGGGUCUUUACCCUGUCCCCCUCUGAAAUAAAAGAAAUUUGGACAUAA